AUGAGUUCCCACACGGCGAGUACGGACGGAACGGCACAGCGAGACCGGGCCGACGGCGACGACCAGAAUAGCAUCAGCAACAGCAAUGAGGAGCAGGACGUGGAAAUGGACGAUGCCGAACAUGAAGUAGACGAGCUGGCGGACACCAAGGCCAAGAAGAAGCGUCGCGUGAUCAAGACCUUUGACAAGAAAUACGAAUGUCCGGCGGCCGACUGUGGCAAGGCAUACUCGCGAGCAGAGCAUCUGUAUCGGCACCAGCUCAACCACACGCCCARGCAAAUCUACCACUGCGACUUUCCCGGGUGUGACCGGCACUUUGUUCGCGCGGACCUGUGUGCACGACACAGGGAACGCCACACAGCCAAAGGAUCGCAUCUCCAACGCAAGGAUGCUUUUUUGAACAGCCAGCGAGGCUCCAUCGCUCCGACACCGUCGUCCAAUGGAGCCAAUUCGCCACCGGGGACGGCAUCGACGGCGAGCAACACCUCGCCCACGGACUCUGCCCAUGCGAUGCCAUCGUCGUCGUCGACACAUCCAGAGCAGUAUCAGAUGGCGCCGCCAGUGCAGGCCCCUCAGCCGCCUCGGCAGUCUUACACCACCUCAUCCGAGCAUUACGCCAAUCAUCAGCAACUACCUCCUAUGCAGAUGCAGGCCCAGGUCGGUGCUCCCGUAGACCACCCGUCCUACAACAAUUACCACAGCGCGUACCACACAUCUGGCUCGAUGGAGCCGCCUCCGACCACCAACGGCGGCAGGCGCUACAGCUYUGAGGGCCAUUUCGCUCGACCUGGCUCAGCGCAAAAUGGUUAUGCUCAACAUCAACAGAUGCCUGCUAGUGCCAUGCCACCACCGCCACAGCCUCUCGCAUCUGCACAGUCAUCGGGUUCCGCCUAUCCACAAUCCACCUUUCAUUCACCCAGCUCGCAUUCAAACCCGAAUCCAAAUUACAAUUCGGAGUUCAGAUCGCCACAGACCUUUUCCGCUCUUCCGGCAUUGCCGCCGUUUAGCAUGGCGGCAAACUAUGGCAGUAUCGGUAGCACGAGAUCGAGCAAUACCAUGUCACCCCCUCCAAAUCCACUGGACCAAUAUCAGAUGCCGAACGCCACGGGCAACAGCAUUGGUGCAUACAACGUCAUGGAUAACUUCGAUGCCACCUAUGCUCUGCCGGUGUUCAGCGACGGAUUAUUCAAUCGCUCACCAGAUUCGGUCUGGGGAGAUGCUUUACUUCAACAGCUUUUGGGAGGCGAUCCGAAUAUGCCCUCUCCCCCUUCACAAGACUUCUCGUACGACACAAUGGCUCAUGUCAUGCCUCCGCCAGUUGCAAAGAAAGAGGUGUUAACCCCAGCAAAGGAGCAGGAUGUAGAUCUCUCCCUCAGCCAUGGCAUGGAUCUCACCAUGCGCGAAAGUGUUCUCACGGAACGGAAGCAGGCUCGAAUCAUCGCUCUGGUACAGUCUUUUGAAGAUCUUGAAAACAUGCCGGGUCGCAAAGUGAAGGAGGAGAUCUUAAAAGGCGAUACAAAUGACCAGUAUCAUGCUUUGAGCGUGAACAUGAUGAAGACCUACAUCACAAGCUACUGGAUUCAUAUACACCAGCAGAUGCCAAUCUUGCACCGUCCGACGUUCAAUUCGGAGACGUGUCCGGAUCUGCUUCUCCUUGCCAUCAUGUGUCUCGGAGCUUGCUGCCUGGAACGGACUCAUAGUCAAGAGCUCAUCAAAACGUGCGCAGAGCUCUCCUUUUUCUCCGCCUACCACAUUCGCUGGGAGGUGUUCAAGGAUGCCGAAUUCAGGCCGACAGCAAAACUUUGGACAUUCCAAACGAUGCUGCUUUUGGAGCUUUUUGAAAAGAUGUAUAGCACACGAGCGUUGCAUGAGCGGGCACACAUUCACCAUGCAACCACUCUGACGGUCAUGCGAAGGGGAUCUUCGCUCAUCGGUCGAAGCGCAGUCGAAACUUCAUCUGCUGGCUUAGAUCCGACGAGAACUCCCCCUGGUCCGGAGGGUAGUAUCAAUACAUCCGGCGUUAACACCCCGGAUGCGUAUUGGAAUCGUUGGAUCACUGCAGAAGCGACGCGUCGAGUGGCGUUUGCUGCAUUUGUGAUAGACUCGACCCAUGCCACACUCUUUGGACAUUCGGCAGUCAUGUCGCCGCAUGACAUCCGCAUUCCGCUCCCCUGCGAUGAGGCACUUUGGUCUGCCACGAGUAGUGCAGAAGUUCAACGCGUCGAAGCUAGCCUGGCCGCCAACGGAUUCAAGCCCACCACCUUCUUGGACGGUCUGAAGAUGACGCUCAACGGCCAGAAAGUUCGCACAAAUAAUUUUGGUCGUGUCAUAUUAAUGGCCGGGCUGUUGAACUUCAGCUGGCAUAUGAAUCAGCGCGAUCUGCAAAUCACAUCUCUUGGAGCAGGCAGCUCACUGGGCAAUCCAAUGCGCUGGCGUUCCCAUUUGACGCGGGCGUUUGAUUUCUGGCGCCGGGACUUUGACGAGAGUCUAACGAAAACCGAUCAAUGGUCGCAAGUUUGGAAUCCAGAGACAAAGUCCACUUGCCACGCAGACCACCACGACAACGUAUUCGAAUCUCGAACAUGUUUGCACAGUCUAGCACACAUGGCCAUGCACGUCGACAUUGUGGACUGCGAGGUUUUCGCUGGCGCCGACCGAGCACUGGGUCGAAUCGUAACAGACGGCGAUCGAAUGGCUGUUCAACGGAAGAUGCGUGAGCAGUGGGCGCCAAGUGCGAGGGCGCGCGACGCGACAUUUUAUGCUCUGCGCUUCCUCUGCGAUGUGCUGAUGCAGGCGAGCAGCGUUGACGAGAAACAAGAUCCGCCAGCCGAGACUGCCACCUUUGACUACAGCGCGAGAGAUGACUACCUACUCAACCGGCCAUGGAUCUUAUACUUUGCCAUGAUGACUGUGUGGUCAUACGGCUUUGCACUCGAGGGACCGGUAAUCACAGCACCGGGCUACGACCUCUUACCCGAAGAUGUCCACGUCCAAGAUGCGCGACAGUAUUUGCUUCGCGUGGGCAAGGUCACAAGUCCCGACGAUCUUCAGAACCUCAAAGAUCGUAACCAUUACGUGGGCUUGCUGAUUUGGCUGAAAAACCUCUUCCGUCUGCCAAGAUGGGAGUUGGCGCACGAAGCCAGUAAUAUGCUAGGGUCGUGCAUCAAUUUAUCGUUGGCGGGGAAAGAGGCGGCGUAG